GCAUUGUCGCAACUUUGACGCGUUGUCGCUGCUAAGACAACUCGACAAUUUGAUAUUUGGAGUAAAGGCGUGUGGACUGACAAGCAUCGAUCGAUAGACAUACAAGGCAGUCGGAAGAAUCAGUUACGGAAUAUGGCUGAUAUUAUGCACGUGAAUGAUGAGGGCGAGGGCUGGACUUGGCUGCUGCUGCUCAUAUGUGUGACAACCACAGUGGGCACCACGGUGCCAGUGGGUUAUUUUAUUGGUGUUCUCAAUGCACCCGCCGAGAUCAUACGCAGCUGGUGUGACGAAGUGCUGUCGGGUGAGUAUGACACCAAUAGCGACGAGAACCAGUUGAAUCUGUUGUGGACAUGCAUUGUGUCCAUCUUUCUGAUUGGCGGCAUUUGCGGCUCCUGCAUCAGCGCCUGCUGCACCAACAAAUAUGGGCGCAAGGGCACCCUGAUGAUUAGCAGUGUGAUUCUAUUGCUUUGUGGCCUGCUAUUCACCUGGUGUCGUGCAGCCAAAUCUCUGGAGAUGCUGAUGUGCGCUCGUUUCUUUGGUGGCAUUGCUGCCGCUUUGAUAUUUACUGCCCAUCCGAUGUAUUUGCUGGAGCUGGCACCGGUCCGCUUGAGUGGCAGCGUUGGCGUCUUCACCUGCAUUGGCGUCACUGCUGGCAUCCUGCUCGCCCAAAUUGUCAGCUUACCCCAGCUGCUGGGCACCGACGAGAACUGGCCGUAUGCCCUGAGCUUUUAUGCGCUGCUGGUGCUCCUCUGCAUGCUGCCCCUCAUGUGCUAUCCGGAGAGUCCGCGCUGGCUCUUUCUGGUCAAAGGUAAUGCGGCGAGCAGUGCUCGUGCAUUGCGUCAACUGCGCGGCAGGCAGGCCGGUGUGCAGCAGGAACUCAACGAUCUGGAGCAAGCGCUGAACAUGGAGAGCAAACCUAGCACCAUUUGUCAAGUGCUCCGGAACAAGGAGCUCUUCCUGCCAUUGCUGCUGGUUUGCACUUUUCAAGCCACUCAGCAGCUAAGCGGCAUCAAUGCUAUCUUCUUCUAUUCGCUAUCCAUACUCACCAAUGCUGGCUUCACGUCCGACUCGGCCACUUGGCUUAAUCUGGGCAUGGGUGGCUUCAAUCUCGCUUGCUCGCUGCUUGGACCGGUGCUCCUGCGCAAAUUUAACCGUCGACCGCUUAUGUUCUGCUCCUGUAUCCUGUGCAGCCUGUCAUUGGCCGGCAUGUCCUUAUCGUUGUACUUUCUGCUCAAAUCGGAGGCCAGUGCUCUGACCUAUGUGAGCAUCGCUUUCAUCUUAAGUUUCAUCCUGGGCUUUCAGCUGGGACUGGGACCGAUUGCUUACUUCAUAGGCUCGGAGUUGCUGGAGGAUGCGCCGCGUCCAGUGGCCAUGUCCAUGGGCAGCCUCUUCUCCUGGACGGGCAACUUUCUCAUUGGCAUGUGCUUCCCUCUGCUGCAGACUGUCUGGGGCUCAUUUGCUUUCAUGCCCUGCAUGUGUGUCUGCAUCUUUUGCCUGGUGCUCACCUGGCGCUAUCUGCCCGAGACACGUGGACGUGAGCCCAAGGAUGUUAGCCCGCUGAUGAGCCAAGGACUACGCUCGAAGAACAAUUAGAUGCAUUUAUUACGAAUUUUAUAUGUACAUAUAGAUAUAUAUAUGUAUGU